AUGCCUAACAUUGAAGAAAUCCUUGCGAACCCACGCUAUCAUGACUACUUGGCCAUCUUGAAGGGCGCGCGGAAUGGGUUGGUGUAUGGAGCUAAAGUGAGGUUCCCCCAUGCCUUGAUAAUGGCUAUUCUAUUCGGGCGUGGAGACUGGCAGACUCGUCUGCGGGUCAUUUUUCGCGCUACCAAACAUCAUGCACUGAACCUCGCCAAAUUCGUCUCGCUCUACAAGUCGUUUUUGCUCCUACAGAAGAAACUCAACGGCGGAAAGGAGAGAUCGCAUGAUACGUUCUUUGCAGGUCUGCUCGGCGGCUACAUUGUUUUUGGCGACCGAAACGCUAUCAAUGAACAAAUUGUACUGUACGUUUGCUCGCGCGUCGUAGCAUCUUUCAUACCCCGCGCUGGAUCGCCUUACUCCAUGUCAUCCACGAGCCCCUCUGGCGUAAAGCCUGUCCCCCCAGACUCCCGCUACUUUUCCGUCUUCGCGGCCGUAUCUUGGGGAAUGGUCAUGUGGUUAUUCCAGCAUCGGGGGGAGACCAUUCAGCCCGGGAUGUUCAACUCUAUGAAAUACCUGUAUCGGGAUUCCGAGCACUGGAACAGCCUGCGGACGUUGUUCUGGCAUAACACAUAA